AUGGCUCUGCCUCCUGGGCGCCCUCGAUUUUCUGAUGAUAAACCUCCACCUACUGCCGAUAUUAUUCGGAUUCCUGAACAUCUCGAAGACAUACCAAUAGCUACAACUAAGAUCUAUGAACGGCGUCAGUCCCGUUCGGAGAUUGAUGUUCUGAUUCAGCUGGAAGGACCUAACUUGGAACACUAUCCGCCGUGGUAUCAGCGUGCUCCUUUGGACCUUGUUAUGGUGGUAGAUAUCAACAAUUAUUAUUUCGAUACAGACGACUUUAAUCUUGUGCAAAGGGCAAUUAUGUUUGUUGUACGUAACAUAGGCCCGAGGGACCGGCUUUCUAUAGUUUCGUGCACUGAUCCUGCUACCAGAUUAACGCGCCUGCGCCCAAUGGACUUUCCCGGACAAGUGGAUGCCCAACAUGCUGUUGGCUUUUUUCUCCAGGAUGGAGAUCCAACGAGCAGCUUUGUGGACGGCGUAAAGAUUGCUACUGAAAUUCUCGAGGAUAGGCUGUACAAGAAUCCUGUUGCAAGCAUUAUUGUCUUGUCGAACGUGAUUAGCAAUGGCGGGAGUGUCGGGCAGCCUAGAACAAUGCCCGUGACUGAAAACUAUCCCUUUCCAGUUCAUAUCUUCGGCGUUGGUCAACGGCGCAAUGAUCCAGUUGCACUUUACCGUGUAUCUUUAGCAUCGAGAGGCACUUAUUCAUAUGUACAAUCAUUUGAGCUAUUGGAGCAAGCCGUUGCUGUCUGCUUGGGAGGGCUCCUCAGUGUUGUUGCUCAGUGUAGGAACACGCCGGUGAGGGCUGUUCAUUCCCACGGAUCGUUGUUGGAUGCCAACGCGUACAUACAUGGUAUAAAACGAUCCUAA